CUGAUCCCAUCCCUUUGUACCUCUCCCCGGCCCGCGGAGCCUCGAGUCCCGGGGGGGCGCCUCCCUCUCCCCGCACCCUGCAUGGAAUAACGCCAGAGCUCGGUUAGACCAGACUCUGAAGGAUCCGGUGUGCCCAGCCGCCCCGCCGCCUCCCCGGGUCGGAAAGCGGAGCUAGAGCGGCGCUUGGACAGAGGUCUCAUGGUACCAAGUGACGUGUCCUUCUUGUGAGAUCCAGUCCCCAGAACCCCCCGAGAAAAUGUCAGGCGUGCAGGCCGUCUGGCCAUCUGGUACGGAAUGUAUUGCGAAGUACAACUUCCACGGCACGGCUGAUCAAGACCUCCCGUUCAGCAAAGGGGACGUCCUCACCAUCAUCUCUGUCACAAAGGAUCCCAACUGGUACAAAGCCAAAAACAAAGUGGGCCGUGAAGGCAUCAUCCCAGCCAACUAUGUGCAGAAACGGGAAGGCGUGAAAGCUGGAAUCAAGCUCAGCCUGAUGCCCUGGUUCCACGGGAAGAUCACGCGCGAGCAGGCGGAGCGGCUGCUGUACCCGCCGGAGACGGGUCUCUUCCUGGUACGGGAAAGCACCAACUAUCCGGGCGACUACACGCUGUGCGUCAGCUGCGAGGGGAAAGUGGAGCACUACCGGAUCAUUUACUCCUCCAGCAAGCUCAGCAUCGACGAGGAGGUGUACUUUGAGAACCUCAUGCAGCUGGUGGAGCACUACACCACGGAUGCCGACGGUCUCUGCACGCGCCUCAUCAAGCCAAAGGUCAUGGAGGGCACAGUAGCUGCUCAAGAUGAGUUCUCGCGCGGAGGGUGGUCUCUCAACAUGAAGGACUUAAAGCUGCUGCAGAUCAUUGGCAAAGGGGAGUUUGGAGAUGUGAUGCUGGGCGAUUACCACGGGAACAAGGUGGCCGUGAAGUGCAUUAAAAACGACGCCACCGCGCAGGCCUUCCUGGCCGAGGCUUCAGUGAUGACACAGCUCCGGCACAGCAACCUCGUGCAAAUGCUGGGGGUAAUCGUGGAGGAGAAAGGCGGGUUGUACAUUGUCACGGAAUACAUGGCAAAGGGAAGUUUAGUCGAUUACCUUCGCUCUCGAGGAAGGUCUGUGCUGGGCGGAGAAUGCCUCCUAAAGUUCUCUUUAGACGUCUGCGAAGCCAUGGCGUAUCUGGAAGCCAACAACUUUGUUCAUCGGGACUUGGCGGCGCGGAACGUCCUGGUCUCGGAGGACAACAUUGCCAAGGUCAGUGACUUUGGGCUGACGAAAGAAGCCUCCUGCACCCAGGACACGGGCAAGCUACCAGUGAAAUGGACGGCGCCAGAAGCACUUAGAGAAAAGAAUUUUUCCACCAAAUCAGACGUGUGGAGCUUUGGGAUACUUCUCUGGGAAAUCUACUCCUUCGGGCGAGUGCCUUAUCCGAGAAUUCCUCUAAAGGAUGUAGUUCCUCGUGUUGAGAAGGGGUACAAGAUGGACGCUCCCGACGGCUGCUCCCAGAUUGUCUACGAGGUGAUGAAAAAGUGCUGGACCUUGGACCCUACUCACCGACCUUCCUUCCACCAACUACGGGAACAGCUAGAGCAUAUCAAAGCCAGCGAGCUCUACCUGUGAGGUAGACAGGAGGGGCGGGGCUUCCUUCAGACACGCCUCCUCCUCCUCCUCCCAUCACUUCCUGUGAUCCACCUCCCGUGCACGUGUGUCAGGGGUAUGGCCGGGCAAGGGACCGAGCGAAGCGAUUUUUUUGGUUUUGUUUUUUUCCCCAGGAAUCAGAAUUCUGCCACUCAAGGGACUGUACUUAGAGAAACAUAUUGGACAUUGUGCAUAUCCCCCUAGGUGCCCGGCUGGUAGGUGGGGAUGUCUCGCUCCUCCUUCCUCUUUGAGGAAGGCUCUCUCGUACCUUUUACAGCAGGGGUCAUCUUGAAGAUGCACGAGCAAGACAAAAUGGUGGAAAUAUCACCCUCUUCCCCCUUAAUUCCCCUGCCCUGUAGGAAUCCCAAUUCACUGGGGGGAAGAGGCCCUAAUGCUAUCUUAGUAGCAUGUCCUUCACCUUCCCAUACACGUUACGAUUCGACUUUCUCCCUCACCAAACAACCUCCUUUGUCCCCCUGUGUGCCUCCAGUUCUCCCUGGGAGGAAUAAGAAGGGCGCACCAGGCCGAAAUAACUCAAGGAAGGGAGAUGAUCAUGGCGGACGUUUCCCUGGGGACGAUUUUCCUGACCCUCUCGAUAACUCCCAUAACUGCUGGAAAACACCCAAAUUACCAAUCCAGUAUCAUCUUCCCACGCUCCCGAUUUUGUUUCGUUUUUGUUUCUUGACGGAUUAUUGUUCAGUUUUUAAUUUUGGUUGGGUUUCUUUUUUUCUUUUUAAUUAUUAUUAUUAUUUCAUACUGCACCGGAAAUCAGCCGUUUUGCUGCGUUUUACUAAAGUUACAAAUCUUAUUUUUUAAUGUAAUGAUAAAAAACAGUUUAAAAAAAUAAACACACACACACACACACACACAUGCUAAAAACAUGGCAAACUCGCCCAUCCCCCGACCAAAUGAAGGCAGGCCGAGUUUAAAACUGCAAAGCCACCAAGGACGAUUGUGGGUUUCUUUUUGCUUAAAACAGUGUUUGCAUGCUGUCUCCAGAGGCCUUUUCCAGUCUUGUCUAGUGCUUUAUGCUCAUAUAAUGCUGCCAACUGUGAGAUUAUACUGUAAUAAAAACCAUUCCAU